GGAAAGGGAAAAAAAUGAGCUGAAGUCUCGGAUUGAUGAGUUAGAACAUUACAAAAUCCAGUAUGAGGAACUACAGCAGGAAAACCAGAGGCUGCAACAAAAGGUUGACCAGCUGUACCUGGGACAAAGUGACUCCAGUCAGAAGCUGCUCAAGACAAUUGAACAAAAUGACAAACUCCGUCUGGAGAGCAAGAAGAAGUCUGAGCAGAUUGAGAAGUUUCAGCGAGACACACGUUUCAUGGAAGACCGUAUACGGAACCUGGAGAUCAGAGCUGCUGAAGUAGACAAGGCUGAAUUGAUUCUGGAGUCAACCAAGCAGACCUUGGAAUCAACUGUAACACAACUUAGGGGACGAGAACAUGGAAUUCGCAAGUUAACAUCAGAACAGGAUGAAACAGAAAAAAAGUUACAGCAAGCCAACAAGGAAGUCAAAGACCUAGACAACAAGAUGCAGGAUCUUAAGUACCAAGUACGACAGGAGCUUGUCAAGAACGAAAAUAUUGAAAAGAAUUUGGAAACAAUUCCAAAAUUGAAAGAGGAGAUCAAGGAGAAAGAAAAGAACCUGCAGAGCAUGCAGAAAGAUUUAGAAGAGAAGACGAUAUUACUGGCCACUUCGCGAAAGGCUGUCAGAGAGUACCGAGAGCAGCUCAGAGAGUUAGAGAGGAAAGCUUUACAAUCAGAAAACCUAACAGAGGAGCUGGACAUUGUCCAGUGUGAAGUGACCACUCUCAAGAAACUCUUACAGGGGAAAGACUUCCUCAUCAUGCAGAAGUCCAAAGCUUUAGAUCUUGCAAAGGAUGUAAUCAUGACCAUGAAACAGUCAGCAGCCCCGGAACAGAUAGAGAAAAUCAUACGGCUGUUGGAGAAGAUUUGGAACCGUCCCCCACAAUACAUCUCUAAUGGCAGCCUCAGUUCUAGUGAACACACUUUAAAUGAGUAUGAUAGCCAGGGAUACUCGGAACGGUACUCACCACAGCCAGGCCAGGGCCAACCCAAACACAAUAAUAGCCUGGACAUUGUUGUGAACAAACACCCCUACUCCAGUGCGAUGGAAAAAGAGCCAUACUACAGACAACGCCCAGUGUCUGCAAACAUCUUCCAAGAACUUUUGUAUGGUAGUAAUGAUGACCUGCGCACAAGAACUGCCAUAGUAAGGCCAACAGUCAAACGAACAUCUUCCUACAAAGAGGCGGCAAGUGUGAGGACUCACUCUUCCAUGUCAAAACACUCACGCCAACCAAGUGAGCAAUCCUCUGGACGAUUAUCUUCUAUUGACCGUAAACAGCUGAGUAACAGUUUAGAUAUAACAGAUGGCAUUGUACACAGUAGAAACUGUAUAAACUAUGAUACCAUCAGCCAAAGAACACAAUCCCCACAUGGGACAUCACCAUGGAUACCAAGGUCAAGGUCGGAACAGUCGCUGAGUAGCGAUCUGUCGUCAAUGUCUUCUGACAAUGUUGAUGACGCCAUGGGCACAGCGCUAAUGUUAAAACUUGCAAAACUUUCAUCCCGGGAAAAAGAGGAUAUUUUGUGUAACUUUGUAUCUCCUGGGGAUAGGGUUUUAUACAGUGUGCCUCAGAAACCUCCACGUUAUGGCAAGAAAAUUGUUCCAAAGCCAAAGAUAUACACAGGCAUUGUGAAGUAUCGUGGCACCCUGGACAAACCUGGCUUUGACCCACGGAUAUUUUUGGGAGUGAGGCUUGAUGAUCCAGUGGGUGAGACAGAUGGAAUGUACAAGGGAAUGCGAUACAUGUAUACACCAUUUGACCAGGGAAAAUUCUUCAAACUGCUGGAUGCCACCUCUGUACUGAAUAUUGAGGAUGGAAAAUAUAAGCUACUGUCAUCGUUAAUUUGUAAACACAUACAAGGCAGUCAGAAGACUUAAAGGAAUCAACAACAUCAGAUCAGCUUAAAGUACAUGCCCUUCCCGCCAUCCAUAUACUUACAAAGCUGAUUCAUUGGAACAUAUUUUCUCCAGGCGGCUUUAGUACUCUCUACAGUUUGAUUGCAGAUACAUAACACAAUCCAUAUGCCUUUACUUUUAGUGUACAUUGUAUGUAUAUAUUCAGGACGAUUUUAACAUUGAAUUGUACACACCAUGAGAUCAGGUAAGCACUGGUUCUCAAGAAGGUGUACAAACUGUGAUGUCAGGUGAACACUGGUUCUCAUUUAAGUGUACAAGCUAAGAUCAGGCAAACACUGGUUCUCAAGGAAGUACACAAACUGUGAUGUCAGGUAAACACUGGCUCUCAAGGAAAUAUACAAACUCUGAUGUAAGGUAAACACUGGCUGUCAAGGAGGUGUACAAACUGUUUUAUCAGGUUAACACUGGUUUUCAAGGAAGUAUACAAACUGUGAUGUCAGGUAAACACUGGUUCUUAAGGAAGUAUACAAACUGUGAUGUCAGGUAAACACUGGCUCUCAAGGAAGUAUACAAACUGUGAGAGCAUGUAAACACUGGUUCUCAAGGAGAUGUACACACUGAGAUUAGAUAAGCACUGGUUCUCAAGGAGAUGUUCACACUGUGAGAUCAGGUAAACACUAGUUCUCAAGGAGGUGUACACACUGUGAGGUCAGGUAAGCACUGGUUCUCAAGGAGAUGUACACACUGUGAGAUCAGGUAAAAACUAGUUCACAUUUAAGUGUACAAGCUGUGAGAUCAGGUUAGCACUGGUUCUCACGGAAGUGUACAAACUGUGAUGUCAGGUAAACACUGGUUCUCAAGGAAGUAUGAAAACUGUACAUGUGAUGUCAGGUAAACACAGGCUCUCAAGGAAGUAUACAAACUGUGAGAUCAUAUAAACACUGGUUCUCAAGGAGAUGAGCGCACUUCGAGAUCAUGUAAACAUUAGUUCUCAAGGAGGUGUUCAAACUGUGAUGUCAGGUAAACACUGGUUCUCAAUGAAGUGUACACACUGAGAUCAUGUAAACACUGGUUCCCAAGGAGGUGUACAAACUAAGAUCAGGAGAACACUGGUUCUCAGGGAAGUAUACAAACUGUAAGAUCAGGUAAACACUGAUUUUCAAGAAGGUGUACGAACUAUGCUGUCAGGUAAACACAGAUUCUCAAAGAAGUAUACAAACUGUGAUGUCAGGUAACUACUGGCUCUCAAGGAAUUAUACUAAAUGUGAUGUCAAGUAAACACUGGUUCUCAAGGAGGUGUACACACUGUGAGAUCAGGUAAGCACUGGUCUCGAGCAAGGAGAUGUACAAACUGUGAGAUCAGGUAAACACUAGUUCUCAAUGAGGUUUACAAACUUUUAUAUCAGAUUGUAAACACUGUUCCUGAGCAAAUGUAUACUGAAGAGUCCUGACCAUCAACAAUUAAAGUCACAUGUCUGGUAGUAUGAGUAUGAUGUAAUCAACAUUGUCAUUUAUGUACUUAAAAUUUGUGAAUAUUAAGACCCAAAAUGAUAAAUGUAUACCCGUUUAAGAUUUGUGGGUUUUCUCUCAAGGUCAAGAGAUGUGAACAGAUUUGUUAAUUUGGUAAUGAAAUUUGAUAUUGCAGUGUAAUUAUAGAAGUGUGUUUAUCCAUGCUCUGGCAAUAAAAUGUUAGUCACUUACUCUAACUGAUUACAUACGGAGGAAUCUGACUUUUAAUA